AUGCCCGCAUCUGUACCCCGCCGUGCUUUGAUCGCCGUCACCUCUGCUCACGCCCAGCUCUAUCCUAAUGGAGGUGAGACUGGUGUGUUCAUCACAGAAGCCCUUCAUCCAUUCGAGGGAUUCCGCAAGGCAGGGUUCGAGGUCGAUCUUGUGUCUGAGACGGGAAAAUACACACCUGAUGCGCUUUCUAUGACCAAACCAUGGAUUACCGACGAAGAGCUUAAGGUUUAUGAAGAUAAGAACUCCGAAUUCCGUCAAAAGCUUGAUAAUCUCAAGAAGCCAAGCGAUAUUGACCCAACAAAGUAUGGCUUGUUUUUCGCCUCCGCCGGUCAUGCAGCUUUGAUCGACUACCCUGACGAUAAGGGUCUACAGGAAAUUGCGUCCAAGAUCUGGGAAGCCGGUGGUAUUGUGUCCGCAGUGUGUCACGGAGGCGCCAUCCUUCCCGGCGUCAAGGACCAAUCGGGCAAGUCUAUUAUUAGCGGCCGCAAAAUCACCGGCUUCACAGACAAGGGUGAAGAGGAACUUGGUGCGCUUGCUGAGAUCAAGAACUGGAAUCGUCCUACGAUCCAAGAAUCGGCAGCAUCUGCAGGUGCCGAAUAUGUACAUCCCCCAGGUCCCUGGGCCCCAUAUCAAGUCACUGAUGGUCGACUUGUCACCGGCGUGAAUCCACAAAGUGCCACGGUCACUACUGAGGCCGCUAUCAAGGCUUUCGAUGCUCUUUAG